CCGCACCGUAUGCAAAAUUUCCGAUAAAUUCAACAGAAUAAACCGCAGGGAGUGCGUAGCCGCUCGCGCAAGAUUGGUAACGAAGUGAUCCCGCGUAUGAAACGAACGCUCCACCGAAAGAGCUUUAUACUUUCACUUGUUUUACCGAAGUUAUUUAAAACAGGGGGGUGCGUCUGAUAAUCUCUUAGUGUCACUUUUUGAGUGUCAUUGUGAACACUGGCUGAUAAGGAGGUUCGGUGCUAGUUUUUUGUAAGAAGUUCUGCAAUUUUGGGGGGCGGGUUCUGGACUUUCGCUUUGGUUAAAAUUCGGUGUAGUCGAGAUGGAGUCCACGGUAGGUCGAGUUUUGCCCGUAGUUCUUCUACAUCUUAUGUCUACGAUCGGAGCAAGUCCGCAGAGUUACCAAAACGUAUUCCUAGACAGGAUAAACCCAAACUACGACAAUACGAUAUACGGGGGAUCCUUUAUUGAUGGCGGAAACUACCCUGUCGCCCAGACAUCAUACGCGGUCACCCCGAUUGUACCGAAUACAGGAAGCGUCUUUGGUUCCGGUCAAUACAUUCCUGGGUUACCUCAAGCCCCGACCACCCAAGACCCAAGCACUCUUGGCUGUGGUACGGCACCAUCAUUCUGCUCACCUAACUCCAGAUACAGAACAUACGACGGUUCGUGCAACAACCUUAGAAAUCCAGGUCUCGGAACACCUCAGACCCGUUACAACAGGUUACUGCCUGCAAAGUAUGGAGACGGGAUUAGUACUCCAACGCUAGCUCAGAGCGGUAGACCCUUGCCCAGCGCUAGAGCCGUCAGCGCGGUGAUGUAUCCAGAUGUGCCCAUUGAAGAUCCGAUCUGGACCCUCAACGCCAUGCAGUACGGACAAAUUAUCACACACGAUAUGAGUUUGAUUGUAGGCACUACUCAAACGCAACCGCAUUCAACGAAAUGUUGUUCACCUGACGGUCAGCUGCUAUCUUUGGCAAACAGUCCCGACCAUUGCUUCCCAAUCACAGUACCCAGAGAUGAUCCGGCAUAUUCCCAGUUGAACAUCCGCUGCAUGAACUUUGUCAGGACCAUUACAGACAGAGACAGGAAUUGUGUGGGAGGUCACCAACCAGCCGAACAGUUGACGGCUGUGAACCACUACUUGGACUUGUCAAUAGUUUACGGAAACAGCGACCAAGUUAACCAACAAGUCCGCCUCUUCCAAGGCGGCCGCCUAAUCACCGAACAGAGAAACGGCCAAGAGUGGCUCCCCAGGAACCAAAACGCCUCCGGUGCUUGCACGCUGUUGUCUCCCAACGAACCCUGCUACAUGGCAGGCGACGUCCGAGUAAACCAAAAUCCUCAGCUCACCGUCCUCCAGACGAUUCUCCUGAGAGAGCACAACAGAAUCGCGGACACUUUGGCCCAACUGAAUCCCCACUGGGACGACGAGACCACAUUCCAGGAAGCCAGGAAAAUCAACAUUGCCCAACACCAGUGGAUCUCGUACAACGAGUGGUUGCCAAUCUUCAUCGGUUUGGAGAAUAGCUUGAAGAACAGGAUCAUCUACAAAACCAAAGACUGGGUUAAUGAUUACGAUGAGAGUGUGAAUCCUUCGAUUUUAAACGAACACGCUACUGCAGCCUUCAGGUUCUUCCAUACGCUCAUCGCUGGUCAGCUCGACUUGGUGAGCGAGAAGAGAAACAGCUACGGCAGCGUUAGAUUGAGCGACUGGUUCAACCGUCCGGCUGUUUUAGAACAGGGUAACAAUUUCGAUCAGCUCACCAGAGGGUUGGCAACCCAACCAGAACUAGCCCCUGACGCCUACCACGACAGCGAGAUCACCCUUAACUGGUUGAGACAGCCCGGUCAGCCUCUAGGUCAAGAUUUGAAGGCUAUAUGCGUGCAGAGAAACCGGGACCAUGGACUCGCGUCUUACAACGACUACAGACACUUUUGUGGAUUAAGGAAGGCCAGGUCUUUCCACGACUUCUUGGAUGUUAUUUCUGGCGAGAACGUUCAAAAACUCGCUUCGCUCUACGAGCAUCCUGACGACGUCGAUUUGACAGUGGGCGGUUCCCUAGAAACGAUAGUUCCCGGUACUUUGGCGGGACCUACGUUCUUGUGCAUCCUGACCGAACAAUUCUACAGGACGAGAGUCGGGGAUAGAUUCUGGUUCGAAAAUGCAGGCGAACAAGGAUUCACUUUACCGCAACUGAACGCUAUUCGGAAGAGCACCAUUUCCCGUGUCUUGUGCGACAACGGCCGUGACAUCAAGGCCAUGCAACCUCGUGGGUUCGAAAGGAUAUCACACACGAACGCUGUGGUUUCUUGUGACGCGUUGCCACGAGUAGAUCUGUCGUUGUGGAAAGACAUAGGAGCGGGCGCUCAAAGCUUGGGUGCUGGAGAUUUCGGCUCAUCGAAAUAUUUCUACGGCAAAAAAUAAUUUUCUGCGCGAUAUUCGCAGCAUCACGAAGCAUUCGUAAGUUAGACAGAUCGAGUGGGGGCUGGCGGUAGCGCCGCUGGAUUAAGCCAGUGCCUCGACGCAAAUGUAAAUACUUAUAUUAAAGAUUAAAGUUAAAUCGGUCCCUAUGUGCUCCUUUAUUAACACGUAUAUCCGCGUAUAUGUUAUCUCUUUGUUAUUCUUAUAACGCAUUAUAUAUUUAUUUUAAGUUUUAUUUUAAUAUUUAUUAGAAUCUCUAUUUCCGAACGUGCUAUUUCGAAUUAAUGUUGUAAAUGUAAAGUAGUACCGUACGGCUGUAUAUAUGUUGUGCAUACGAGAAUUAGAAUAAACACAUAAAAGAAAAUUCUGUUUCGUUUUCAAUAUACACCUUCUAAAGAACUUAGCAUGAUAGACGCCAACCGCUAUAAAUAAAACUCCAUUUAAUUCAGACCAAAAAAAGUUAAUUUUCAGUACUGAUACGUUCAUCACAAUAUCGAAAACAAUAAUAUUACUCCGGAUUUCCAAAGGAGCGGAGUACUUGAGGAGAGUGAGAGGAAUAAUUAA